GUUUAAAAUUAGAUUCCAGGCUGUGCGGGUCCCCUGCGGGAGCCUCACAAAGCGCGUCCCAGGCAAUCGAGCACCGGUAGCGUCUAGUGCUCACAUACAGGUUGGUAGCGCUUCACACAGAUUUACCUUUAAACCUCUCAACUUGACACAAUGCCGUUUGGACUUGGAAGGAAGGGCAGCAGUGCCAAAAAUCUCAUGAAGACCAAGGUGGAUGACCUUGAGUCCGCAAAGACCAAGCUGGAGGAGGAUGUGGAGAAGUACAAGACGGAGGUAGAAUCCUACAAGAAAGAGGCUGAGGGCGCAAAGAAGCAGGUCGAAGAGGUCAAAGUCAAGGCCGAGGAACAGGUCAAUACUGCCAAAGAGGAAGUACAGACCGUGAAGAAGGAAGCGGAGGAGACGAAAACUGGACUCAUGGAUCAAAUAGCAAUGUACAAGAAGCAGGCUGAGGACGCUCUGAAACAGGUGGCGGACCUCAAGAACAAGCUGGCACAGUUCACAUCAGGGGAGGGACUCGGGAAUAUCAAGGAAGCAGCAGGCGGCAUGUUCUCACAGGGUGCCUCAAAGAUUGGCUUCUAGUGUCCGUCAUCUUACAGACUGUUGUGUCGCUUCAGUUUCAUCUUCUCUUGACUUUGUGAGAACAAUGUGACAGUUCACUCAAAUAAAUACAUAUCUGCAUCUCUCAGCAGGUUAGCGGCAACAGAAACAGGGUCACAUCUCCGGCGAAAACAUACCAUUGAUUACAAGCUGCUGUCUAGUAUAGACGAGUUGUCUCCCUUCUAUCAUUCCCCGUCAAUAGGUUUUGGGGAGUGUUUUGGUUCAUAAAAGGGCGAUUUAUGACCCACAACCAUGCUUAACGUACAUUGACUAUGGAAUAAUAACUUGGUACUAGUAUGCUAUAUCUAGUUAUUAUAUACCAUCAUCCAAUCACAGAACGAAGAACAUAGAAGCUAUAAUUGAAUGGAAAACAUAUAAUAUGAGGUAUUGAUUCAAAAGCAAUUAUUGGCAUGUCAACAGAUAUAUGAAUGUCAGCAGCGUUUUUGACAAGAUUAAAGUAUUUAGGUGCCUUCUUCAAUGUAGUGUUGAUGUACCACAUGGCAGCCGCAACGUUUGUCUGUUUGACGUACAAUGUAUUCGUCAGUAUGUAUCACAUGUGAUCCCUGUGCCAUGAGGCUAACACGUUCUCGUAGAAAAAAACAGUAGAUACAACCAAUACUCAUAUACCUGCAAAUAGAACAUUUGCUUUUUUCAGAUAUUUUUUAAAUAAGUGCGAAAACGUUUUAGGUUAUGUCCUAUAUAUAUGCUUGAAAAUAUUGACAUCGAUGUGAAUAAUUGGUCAGUUCUAUAUGUGUGUCGAAUCAUCAUUUUGUGGAUCAAAUCUUCUGUAUAACACCUGAUGAUAAUGAUCAACCAGACCUUUAACUAGAUGUUUUUGUGCCAGUAUUAAACAGUUUAUCUGGCAGGCAUGAAGUGUCUCACAUGGGGCGCCAGUGUGGUCUGAGGCAGAAAGAUUUGACCACAAGGUGAAUGAUAGGGAGGUAUGGAGGGCAGCAUUGUGUCGAGUUUGUUCUUGGUUUCUGUAUUUGUGUUACUCGUAGUUGGAACCAGUUGUGAUUGUAGUUUUCUCUACUGUAUGUUACGAGAUUAAAUAUUUGUAUAAUCUAUCCAA